UCCACCAUCCUCGUCAUCCGCCUUUCAUCAACCUAGAGGCCGAGUCUCGUUAUCACCAACACCCACAGAUCCAUCAGAUCUCCUGCACGAAUUACCUUUUGAGCAACAUGGCGCUUAAUAGCUUCUUUCAUAAUAAGAUUGAAUCGCUCGAGCUUGAGAUUAUUGAGAGGAAUUCAAAACUAAGGAGAUUGGAAGCCCAGCGAAAUGACUACAAUUCAAGAGGUUAGUGUUGCUGUUUUCUUCCUAUCCGGAUAGUUAUAUACCGCCCUCAAGUAUAGAUGAUGGAGGUUGGUUGCUUGGAGGGCCUAUAGGUAUUGCUUCGACAUGUGAUCUCUUUUAGGAUUCCGACACCGGAUCAGCUAUCGUUUAUUUCGUCUUCUAUCCGUUUUAAUAUGUUAUAUCACCUCUCGGGGUCUUGGUACUAAUACUACUGCUGAAUAGUUCGCCUCCUCCGCGAGGAGCUUGGGUUGCUUCAACAGCCAGGGUCUUAUGUUGGGGAGGUAGUGAAAGUGAUGGGAAGCAAGAGGGUUUUGGUGAAAGUACAUCCAGAAGGGAAAUAUGGUUCGUCUGGGCCUGGCCAUGUCUGCGAGAUUUAAGCUGAUUGGUUUAGUUGUCGAUGUGGCUGAUAGCGUCGAUAUAUCAAAGCUAACUCCGGGGAAACGUGUGACUCUGCUUUCGGAUACCUACCGAUUAGAGAAGAUGCUACCGAGCUCGGCAGGUUGACCCAUUACCUCUAUGGCGAGGAUGGGGCUAAUGUGCGGCUAGGUUGAUCCUCUCGUCUCCCUAAUGAUGGUCGAAAAAGUCCCUGAUAGCACAUAUGACAUGAUUGGCGGCCUUGAUCAACAAAUUAAAGAAAUAAAAGAGGUCAUUGAGCUCGGAUUGAAGCACCCAGAGCUGUUUGAAUCUCUUGGAAUCGCUCAGCCAAAGGGUGUGCUCUUAUAUGGGCCUCCCGGAACCGGAAAGACACUUCUUGCCCGUGCGGUGGCCCAUCAUACUGACUGUCGUUUUAUUCGUGUAUCGGGCUCUGAGCUGGUACAAAAAUAUAUCGGCGAAGGAUCUCGUAUGGUUAGGGAGCUGUUUGUUAUGGCUAGGGAACACGCUCCGAGUAUCAUUUUCAUGGACGAGAUUGACAGCAUUGGCAGUAGCCGUGUUGAAGGUAGCUCCGGUGGCGAUUCUGAAGUCCAGAGGACUAUGUUGGAAUUACUCAACCAGCUGGAUGGUUUCGAGCCCACAAAAAACAUUAAGGUUAUCAUGGCAACGAACAGAUUGGACAUUUUGGACCCUGCUCUGCUAAGGCCUGGGCGAAUUGACCGAAAGAUAGAAUUUCCCCCUCCAACGUUAGUUCACUCGUCUUGAUUCCGAUUCGGAGAUGCUAACUACAGACGUAGUGUCGAGGCUCGCGCAGACAUUCUCCGAAUUCACUCUAGGUCAAUGAAUCUUACCAGAGGAAUCGAUCUCAAGAAAAUUGCGGAGAAGAUGAAUGGAUGUUCUGGUGCUGAGCUUAAAGGUGUUUGCACAGAGGCAGGGAUGUACGCUUUGCGGGAACGAAGAAUCCACGUAACCCAGGAAGAUUUUGGUAAGAAAUAUAACAUCCUUGCAGUCUUGGCUUAAUAUUUCUUCGCGCUGGACAUCUGUCACAGAAUCAGUUGGUUGCUAACUCGUAUCCGGCUGUAGAUCUAGCGACAGCCAAGGUUCUAAAUAAGCAUGACGACAAAGAAAUGAGUUUGUCUAAAUUGUGGAAGUAAAUGGACAACUCUCACUGUGCCCAAAUUGCAUUUGCUCUUUGAUAAAGGCUGGUUUUUUUGUCGUUAACUGGGUCACGAUUGUUGAUUGAACACGGCCGUGUUUCCUUGAAUAGAGGGAGGACUCUUUGCAUUAAAUGAGUUUUACAAUCCUAUCGUAGUUAUGUAGAGUAUUUGAAUACCCUCAAUUUCUCGAAAUAGUUAUCAUCUCGG